AUGAAAUUUUUUAUAAAUAUUACAAAAAAUAUUAAUUAUUAUUUUAUUCAAUUUUUGCUGUUUCCAAUUUUUAUUUUUUGUUUAUCAUGUAAUAUUUUAACAAGUCAAUUAAACGAAAAAAUUCAAAUAAAAACACCUCUUGGAAUUAUUGAAGGAAGAAGAUAUUGCAUUAAUAAUUAUGGGGAUAAAAUAGAUGUAUUUUUUGGUAUUCCUUUUGCUUUACCUCCAAUUGGAAAUUUAAGAUUUGAAAAGCCAAAAUCUAUUCCAAAAUGGAAGGGUAUACGUUUAGCUACACAACCACCCCCAGCUUGCAUUUAUCACGCGUGGCCGGAAGGUUUUGAUAAAAAGGAAAAGAAUUAUUCUGAGGAUUGUCUUUAUUUGAAUAUAUUUGCCCCUAAAAUUGUAAAGAGAAAAACACCCGAACCUAUUCAACUAUAUCCAAUUUUGUUUAUAAUCCAUGGUGGUGGAUUUGAAGUAGGAUCAUCACAUGAGUAUCACAAUUAUACCGAAAUUGGAAAGAAAUUUGUUUCUCAAGGGAUUAUUGUUAUUUCCAUUCAUUAUCGACUUGGAUGGAUUGGCUUUGGGUCUACUGGUAAUGAUGAAUUGCCUGGAAAUUUGGGUUUAUGGGAUAUGGUCGAGGCAUUAAAGUAUGUCCGUCAAAAUAUUAAAUCAUUCGGAGGAGAUCCUGAUAAAAUAACUAUUUAUGGUUAUAGUGCUGGAGGAGCAAGUGUUUCUCUUUUGUCAGCUUCUCCUCAUAGCCAAGGCCUUUUCAAACGAGUUAUUCAAAUGAGUGGUUCUCCUCUUGCUGCUUGGGCAUUAAAUGAAAGAACAGUAAAUGAAACAAUUAAUUUGGCUAAAGCAAUUGGUUGUUCUAAAAUAAAAUCAAUUAAACAAUGUUUGACUAAAAUUAAUAUUUCUGAUGCUUGGAAUUUUGUUGAUAAAUUAGUAUUUUGUUGA